AUGAGUGCGUUUUCCUGCAACUUUGAAGUUCUUGACUCGGAACAGAUUUGUCACGCCAUUCCCUCCAUUCCUAAAGGUCUAUGGGUAUCUGAACUUCGCGAGAAGAAAAUCGAGUUGACUGACGACAGAGAGGGCCCAAUUGGCAUUCUUGUUGGAGCGGACGUCGCGGGAAAGCUACUCACCGGGAGGCGCGAGGUAUUAAGCUGUGGUUUGGUUGCUAUCGAAACUAGCCUAGGUUGGACCAUAAUGGGCCGCGUUAAGGACGCUGAAACAAGUUGUAUGGUUAACAUCAGUUUGCACUGCGCCCAGGAGUUCGACCCUUCUGAUAUGUGGAGGUUGGAUGUGUUGGGCAUCGAGGACCCCGCUUUGGUUAGUACCAAAGAAGAGGCAAAAACGGUUGUGCGUCGGCACUUCUUGGAAACAGUUAAGAUUUUACCUGAUGGACGAUAUGAGGUAUGUCUUCCAUGGCUGAAGGAACAUCCCCCGCUGCCUCGAAAUUUCGAUCUGGCCCGUGGUAGACUUGAAUCGACCCUAGCCAAGUUACGUAACGGUCAUUUGGUGAAAGAAUAUGAAGCGGUGUUUCAAGAAUGGCUGAAAGAUGAAAUUAUUGAAGAGGUACAGCUUGAUAAGUGGGAUUUCGGACAUUAUUUGCCUCACCGAGCCGUGGUUAAGGAAGCCAGUACCACCCGAAUUCGUCCUGUUUUCGACGCCUCGUCCAAAGAGAAAGGCAAACCUAGCCUGAAUAUGUGUCUAGAAAAAGGGGAGAGUUAUGUAGAGUUAAUCCCAUCGAUACUUCUACGAUUCAGACUGAACGCAAUAGGCGUUAUUUCUGACAUAAGAAAAGCCUUCUUACAGAUUUCUGUUUCGGAAAAGGAUCGGGAUAGCUUGAGGUUCCUAUGGAAGGACGAGGUCGGAGAGAUGAAAAUCUACCGUCACAGGAGGGUGGUGUUUGGGGUGACCAGUAGCCCUUAUUUGCUAGGGGCCGUUAUUGACCAUCAUCUCUCAAAGUGUGAGGAAAAAGUGGCUUCAAAAGAGGUUCCUUAUGAAAGAUCUGUCAUCUCACAGUUGCGCAAAUGCUUGUACGUUGAUAACUGUGUGACUUCGGUUGAUGAUGAGAAGGAACUUUUGAGCUUCAUGUCGCAAGCCAGGGAAAUUUUUAUGAAAGCCUGCUUUGAUCUUCGUGGCUGGGAAUGGAGCGACCCCGAUUGUGCUGCUCACACCAGUUUCCCCGUUCUUGGACUUCUGUGGGAUAAAAAGGAGGAUAUUCUCAGGUUAAACCCUCCCAAGCCUUUGGAAAGUGAUGCCAUCACGCGACAAACAGUGAUGUCAGCAGCACACCGUAUUUUCGACCCGCUCGGUGUAUGUGCACCCGCCAUUUUGAUACCGAGAUUGUUAGUUCAAGAAAGUUGGGGUGAGGCUGGGAACUGGGAUACCCCUUUUAAUGAGCAAAGCCAGGCAACGUUCCGUAAGUGGAUGAGUCAAGCUGAUGUCUUGAAUCAAAUCGAAGUCCCACGAUGGUUGAAAUUGACCGUUGGUAAUGUGUCUCUACACACAUUUUGUGACACAAGUCAGGUCGCUUAUGCCACCGUCUCAUUUUUGCGAGUUGAAACAGAUAACACGGUAUCUGUGAUAAUGAUGGGAGCGAAAGUUCGUGUUGCCCCUGUUAAGAGACCUACAAUUCCUCGCCUAGAGCUUCUGGCUGCAACAAUUGGGGCGCGAAUGGCUUCUAGUAUUGUAAAAGAGAUUGGCGAUGUAGAGUGCCAUUUUUGGUCAGAUUCUUCCACGGCUCUGUGUUGGAUCAAGAAAGAGGAACCGUGGGGAGUAUUUGUGUUCAACAGGGUUAAGGAAAUUCGUUCUCUGACUGAUCCUGAUACGUGGAAACAUGUGCCAGGGGUGAUGAACCCAGCAGAUCUUCCUAGCAGGGGUUGUUUUCCUGAAGAACUUCUUGACUCCAAAUGGUGGGAGGGGCCGAGAUGGUUGUACGGGCCGCGUUCUGAAUGGCCUAACUGCGAUGUCCCUCCUGAUGAAAAUGAAGUUCAAAUGGAAAGGAGAAAAACGCCUUUGAUUUCAGCUUUAUCCCAAGAACCAGGUGUGUUUUGCUGCGAAAGAUUAGCCCGGUACUUUUCUUCUUAUCACCGGAUCGUUCGAAUGGUUGCAUGGAUGAUAAGGUUUCUGAGGAACAAAUAUUCAAAGAAGGAAAAGCGCUCUGGAGAGCUGUCUUUGUCGGAAAUCGCAAGAGCUGAAAAGGUGGUUCUGAAAUCGAUACAGGAUGAAGCUUUUGAAGGGCUAGGUGAUAAACAGCUCAAAAAUUUGAAGCCACACAAAGAUAAAGUCGGACUGAUGCGUUUGAGAACCCGUAUUUGGGCGAGAAAAGACCCUGAAGACUUCCGUGCACCUUAUAUUCUUCCUUUCCAGCAUGUCAUUGUUGAAAGAUUGAUCCACGACUUGCACACGCAGAAUGGACACAUUGGAGGGCAAGGUCUUCUGAACCUUCUAAGAGAAAGAUUCUGGAUCGUUAGAGGGAGGCAAGCUGUGAGAAGAAUUGUGUCUGCGUGUGUGAUAUGCAGGCGUUAUAGGGCCAAGGCAUUGGAAGUCGAGUCUCCACCGCUCCCGGAGAAUCGGGUAAGGGACGCUCGUGUGUUCGAAAUCAGUGGCACGGAUUUUGCUGGUCCACUCUACCUUAAAAAUGGAGACAAAGUUUGGGUGUGCAUAUUCACCUGUGCUGUUUAUCGUGUCACACAUUUGGAAUUGGUUACUGCCAUGUCAACGGAAGCCUUCAUCAUGGCGUUUCGACGUUUCAAUGCGCGUUGGGGCAGACCUUCCUUCAUGUACAGUGACAAUGGUACAAACUAUAAGGGGUUCAAAAAUGCUCUCGAUGGAAUUGAUUGGCAGAGAGUAGCGUCCCGCGGUUUGGUGAACCAAAUUGAAUGGCGCUUCAACCCACCCACAGCAACAUGGUGGGGCGGGUUCUGGGAACGCUUAAUAGGGAUUUUGAAAGUUCAUCUUCGCAAAAUUCUGGGACGGGCUUCACUCACUUUUGAAGAGUUGAACACCGUGAUCAGUGAGUGUACUGCUUAUAUCAAUUCUCUAUCAAAAAUAUCAACAAUAUGA